AUUGGUAGAGGGCGAGAGGGCAGGGCUGGCGGUCAGCCUGUUUUUCCCCUUGUCAUCGUUCCACUGUCUCUCAGGUUUCCAGUGAAGCAAAGACAAUAAACUGACCAAGGAACUGAUCAGCCGGAAAACCACUGGUGACUUUAACCCGGAAAAGUGUGUGUUCAGUGCCCUUGAAGCGGGCGUGCCAUGGGCUGCUAAAGCGGCGAGGCAGCGCGUGGCGAUGGUCGCCGAGGAGAAAACGUGUCUCUCAGGUAAGCUCCGAGUGGCCGAAUAAGCGUGUCCUGUCCUCCACGAAGACGGCAGUCUGCUGAACGCCGGAGACGGAACGGGUGGUGGGCGUGGAGAUAUGUCCCGUCUGAACGGCCGUGUACAUACAGGUCCUCAACACGGCGCCUCCACCCAGUACCAGGCAGUGCCAAUCCAGUACCACCAGACCGCCCCCGUGCAGUACCAGGGCUCACAGGGACACCCGGACGAGUUUGAAGCCUCGUGCUUGGUGAGGACUCCGUCAGGCAACGUGUACAUCCCUUCCGAUAUGCCGAAGAGCUCCACACUAGAAUACAAGCCUGGACUCCACUCCCCAAGCCUGCACUGUCCAGCGAAAGGAGAUGGACAAAAGUCCAUGGAAGGGUACAAUGUGCCCUUCGGAGCUGGCCUGCCGGCCCCUGUGCUGCCUGUCCGCAACAACCUUCGGCGCUCUGUGCCUGGCACUGGUCCCCAUGGAGGGGGUGGCUCUUCGAGCGGCCCUUCCCGAGGCCCCGGCAACCCACACUGUUCUUGGCGCUGCACUGCCAUCAUCUUUAUCACCAUUGCAGUCAUCCUCGCCACCAUCCUUAUCUACAUCAUAGCCACAAGCACCUUGGCGUGGCCAGCCCACAGCGGGUGUGCCGUGAUGGUUGACGACGCCACCGUGAUCGCCAAUGAGGCUCACCUGGGUCAGGCCGCCUCCCGAGGUAACCUACAGCUACUACAUGGUCGCCCGCCCCAGCAUCCCCAGCAACACUUGCAGCCAUUUUUAUUAGUUUAUGAUGCCAUGAGCGAGGGCCCAGGCCCUGCCAUGCCAUCUCGCCGCAUGCGUAGAAGUGUGUCGCAUGAAUUACCCUCCCGCAUGGACACUCACCCUCCUGACUCAUCCUCCCCCAGUGCCCACACCCCCACUGACUCUCCCACUCCUAGCCCUUCCCCCAACUCUUUCCCCAUGCCCUCACACUCUCCUGACUCAACUCCGUCUCAUGACUCUCUAUUUGCUUCACCUGAAGAUUCAGUUGAGGCUACCAGCCACAACCCUGCCCCCUCUUCCCACCAUGUUAGCUCCACUGCCAGACAUUCUGGUCUUGGCAAAACAUUUUUAAUCUCAGCCAAUGACUCUCCCCCUGAUAUACCUUCUGUAUCCUCAAAAGCUACCAUAUCUUCACCUGCAAAGUCUAAUGCCCUCGUAACAGAGGAACAGCAAUCUGUGAAGUCUGCAGGAAUUGACACAAACAAGUUCUCCAGGGCAGUUGUCAACAGUGACGCUGCUCGCCUGGAUGAAGCACGAGACCCAGAAGGGGAUGUUUUUGCCCCCGUGGUUGAGGUGGUUGAGUACGUCAAUGAUGAAGGCAAUGCUGAGCUGCCUGAGGUUGAUGAAGGUGCCUUCUUAGAGGAAGACCACAACUUUGCCCCAGAAGAUUCAUCUUUGGAUGGAGAGGAAGUGAUUGAAGGGACAGUCAGUAGCUAUGGUGAUGGUGAACUUGAAAAUAUAACAGAAGAUGUAUAUGAAGUAGAAGAGGAAGCAGGAAUUGACUAUGUAUAUAAUAGCAAUCCUGAGAGUAGCGAAUUGAAUGUUGUGGAAUAUAUUCAAGCCAAUGAAACUGAAGGAAACAUUUCUAAUUCAUCCUUAGAACUUUCGGAAACUUAUGCGUCCCUUCCCAAUGCAUCUUUGAACACUGCAAAUGGAAGAAACCUGUCUGCUGAAUUCCUACCUGCACCCUUGGCAAACGACAGCCUGCAGAACAUCAUGUUGGGCGAUGACCCAAGCACGAGCCAGGCGCAGGAGGGUGGCGUUGCUGCUGCUGUUGCACCAAGUGACAACAAUGCCACAAGGGAGAGGAAAGUGUUUGGAUCCUGGAUGGGAGGGUUCCCUAAACUUCCCUCAGAAUCCAAUGAAAUAGAUUCCAUUCCAGGGGAUGAUCAACCAAAGAAUGCACAGAGGCCUUCCCCACCUGAACGUAGCAGGGUAAAGAGAGUGUUGAAGUCCUCCGUUGAUGCCUGGUUCUCCAGAUAUGGCCUUAAAAACACAGACGAAGAAGACACCAGCAGGAGUGAUGCAAGUAGUGAAGGGUCCAGCACAUCUUACCAUGCCCUGCCAAAUGAUCACUUCCUGUUUGACUCCUCCGAGAGAGGCGGCGGAAGAGUGUCCAGACGAUCGGCAGCAAGGAGAGGUUCAUCAUACGACCCUAAUGACCCUAAAGGAGGUCCAAUACCGCAGUCUGAUCCGGGACAUUACCCUUCCAGGAUUCUGGAGUCCCUGGGAGUACCAUUCUACCAGGACCCAACCAAGGCACCACCCGGCACCAACAACCGCACGUACAAAGGCCCCGUCAAAGCGAGGGACGUGUUCCCACACAUCUUUGAGUAUGACCUGGAAGACCAUGAUGACUACUACUAUGAAGAUGAUGCUUACUACUACUUUGAUGAAUAUUCCGUAAGAAACAACGGCCCAGCAGAAAAGGAAAGUUCAGAAUAUGAGGAUAUGAGCGAUGACGAUGACUCUGACGUUAUUAUACUUGAUGAUGAAGUGGAGGACAGCCUUGGCGAUACUGAACCUGCCCAUCGAGGAGGGAGUGUAGUGACCAUGAGAGCACCCCCACAACAGUUCGUCGUGCUGCCCCCCACAAGACCCCCCGUCAGGGCCACCCAGUACCCGCCAGGACUGCGCGCUAUGUCACUCACGAAGGAGGAGUUUCACGUUGGUGUCGGAGAGCCUCAGGUGAGAACCCUCACUCGGGGUCAGGAUGAAGUGGUUGAAAUUGAAGUUGUACCUUUGAAGAGAAAUUAUGCACCAGCGACCUCCAUGGAGACUGGAACAAACUAUUCCCCAGUGGUGGACAACCAAAACAGAGAAACUACUGUCGAGAGAAAGGUGGUGGAGACUUCAACCACUGUUGAUGCCACCACGACCGCUCCGACCCAUGCCAUCACAUCCACCAACCCUCCACCAGCACCACCAACAGUUCGCUUGCCUGAGCCACAUGAACAGUCACCUCCACCACAGGAGGCUAAAUCCUCAUCAACAUCACCACCUCACUACAGGCCCUUGCCAUUCAAUACUGAAAACUUAUCUGAAGGGAAGAAAAUUCCAAAAUUUUUGAUGCACAUUGCAGGAAACAAGUCAACUGCAGCUCGAGGCUCCACCCCCCUCAGUACAGGCAACCCCGCCCAAACCCAGAUGAGGGAGACUCAUGAGGGUAGAGUUGACACCAACAGUCGAUCUAGUUUGACUUCUAAUGAUGAAGUUGUGUCCUUGCUGACCCACCCGGGGUCACGCGGGGCACAACCUUCAUCUAGCCAUGCGGAGAAGGCUGAGACUUUUCAGGAGAACGCUACUCUCCAGGAGCUGCAUCGAGACAACAGGUCACCACUUCAGACUAGUGCAAGCGUCCUUUCAUCCAUGCCAGGGCACUCUAAGCGAGUCACAGUCAAUGUUACCAUUGCCACAGAUGACGGAGGGGAGACGUCAGGAAGAACUAAGAAUCAGAAAAAACCGUUGUACUUCCUUUCCGUGUCAGUGCCCACGUCCGGUGAGAACCGAGAGGCAGACAUCACCCUCUUGGAACCGAAUAAUCAGCGUGAGAUUGCAUCACUCUCAUUUCCUCUGAACUCAAACAAUACUGCCAGCAGUGGAGAUGGCAGCCAAGCAGGGACCAUGUCCAUGCCCUCCCAUGCAGGAGGUGAUUCGCCGCUGCCAUCAGGCUAUGAGGGGAAAGCUCCAUGCCAGUGUCCAUGUGCUUGUGACAGCAACACAGCAACAGUACAAUCACACAAUACACCUUCCCACCCUCAAUACCCACCCCAGAGUCAUCCAGAGGUAGCCCCGACCUUACCCAGAUCCCAUGACCCUAACCCCCCCUUACCACUCCGGGGCUGUGCCCAGGACCCCACCGCCACCUCCACUACUACUACCACACCCCCACUGCCAGUAGAGGUGGUAAAGGAACUAUCAGAGCACACCAAGCGUCCACAGCAGACUAUCCCUCCUGACGGCACCACCUUCAAAAUGAUGGAGCUCGGCCAGCAGCUCAACGACGUCAUUCCACCCUACGGCUACUGGAACAUGCAGUUUUACCAAUCAGAGUCAGCGUACGUCAAAUUUGAAGUGUCCAUCCCUCGAGGUUCCUCCAUCGGUGUGUAUGGCCGCCGCAAUGCUCUGCCCACCCACACCGCCUACGACUUCCUGCAGGUGCUCUCCGGCUUCAAGACAGGAACGAGCCGCUCUACCAGAGCCGGCAAGGUAAUUGCCCCUCUACAGCCACAAGCAAUAACCAAGUACCUGGAUCAAGGCCACUGGUUCCUGAGUCUUUACAAUGAUGAUGGGGACCCUCAGGAGGUUACCCUCAAUGGGGCUAUGUCUUCUGAGUUCACAGAAGGCUGUCCACGGGGCUGCUCUGGCAACGGUGACUGUAUCUUGGGGUCGUGCCAGUGUCAGCCAGGCUACACCGGCCCAGACUGCACCCAGAUGAUGUGCCCGGUGUUAUGCUCUGGCCACGGGGAGUACCGGGAUGGGGAGUGUAUCUGCAGGCCGGGAUGGAAGGGUCGCGAGUGCAGCAUCCGUCAUGACGAGUGUGAAAUGCCAGACUGUAAUGGCCAUGGCCAUUGUGUUGAUGGCCACUGCCGCUGUGCCAAAGGCUAUAAGGGUGAAUUCUGUGAAGAAGAUGACUGUCCACACCCAACGUGCUCUGGCCACGGGUGGUGUGUGUCAGGCACGUGCGUGUGUCAGCGUGGAUGGCGCGGCGUGGACUGCAACAGUAGGGACGAUGCAGCUCUCCAGUGUCUGCCAGACUGCAAUAACCACGGCCACUUUGACCUGGAGAGCCACCAGUGUGUGUGUGACCCUGAAUGGACAGGAUCAGAGUGCAGCACACGGGUGUGCGACCUGGACUGUGGCGCCCAUGGGAGGUGUGAGGGAGGUGCGUGUCUGUGCUUAGCUGGCUGGACAGGUGAACGCUGUGGCCUUAUGACCUGUGAUCCAAGGUGUGAGGAACAUGGCCAGUGUAAAAAUGGCACAUGCAUCUGCAUGACAGGAUGGAAUGGUCGUCACUGCACGCUGGCCGGCUGCCCAGCCGACUGUUCAGGCAAUGGGGCAUGUGUCAUGGAGAACGAUGAGUGGGUGUGUCGCUGUGAGAGCACGUGGGAAGGUCUGGACUGCUCAGUCAAGCUGGAAACUGUUUGUGAUGACAAAAAGGACAAUGACAAUGAUGGUUUGGUUGAUUGUGCGGAUGCUGAGUGCUGCUCCUUUGAGAACUGUAAGCUGUCUCCUCUGUGUCUCACGUCACACGAUCCCAUCGACAUCCUGCUGAGGAAACAGCCACCAGCAGUGACCGCCUCCUUCUUCCAGCGUACUCGCUUCAUUGUUGAGGAAGGCUCUGUGCAGAACUAUGCUGAAGUAACUGCCUUCAAUUCUAGCAUGCACAGGAUUUCGAUAAAUGAGAGCCGUGCCUCAGUGGUGCGUGGAAGAGUCAUCAGUGGAAGAGGAACUGGACUGAGAGGAGUGAGAGUGUCCCACUAUCGACCUGUAGACACAGGUUUCACUCUCACUCGGACUGGAGGCUGGUUUGAUCUCAUGGUGAAUGGAGGCGGGGCCGUCAGGCUGCUGUUUGGGAAGUCCCCGUUCUCUCAAGUCAUUGCCACAGUUUGGGUGCCUUGGAAUGAGAUUGUUGUAACAGAAACAAUUGUCAUGACCAUGGCAGAGGUUGUGCCUCCACCACCACCAGCGCCUUGCCCUGACCACAAUUAUGAUGCUCUGAAGCCAGUUGUUCUUGCUACUUGGAAGCAUGGCUUCCAAGGGGGCUGUCCUGAGUGUUCUGCAAUACUGACAGAAUCUCAAGUGGUACAAGAAAGUCUCAGUAUUCCUGGCACCGGCCUGCACCUGGUGUACCAUUCCUCCAGAGCUCUGGGAUACGAGUCAACAAUUCAGCUUCAGUUAACGCCUUCAGUCAUCCCUGAAACCCUUCGAAGGAUAUAUCUCAGAAUUACUAUCGAAGGACUUCUUUUUGAGAAAACCUUUGAAGCUGACCCUGAUAUCAAAUUCACAUAUGCCUGGAAUCGACUGAAUGUAUAUAGGCAACGAGUGUAUGGAGUAACCUGGGCUGUGGUGAAGGUGGGCUUUGCAUACAGUAACUGUGAUCAAAUUAUUUGGGAUGCACAAACCACACAAGUGUCUGGACAUGACAUGAGCAUCUCGGACAUCGGAGGAUGGGAUCUCUCAAUUCACCACAGAUACAAUUUCCAUGAAGGCAUUUUGCAGAAAGGGGAUGGGCGCAACAUUCACUUGAAACAAAAGCCAAGAGUUCUCAGGACUCUGAUGGGUGACGGCCACCAGAGGGAAGUGUCCUGCAAGCCCUGUGAUGGACAUGCCAACAGGCAGCGUCUUCUCACGCCUGCAGCCUUGGCAUCAGGCCCAGAUGGAUCACUCUACAUUGCAGACUUCAACUUGAUACGCCGAAUCUUGCCCGACAACACUGUGAAGACUGUGGUCAGCUUGAAUGAGACACGUGUGUCGUAUCGAUACCAUCUGGCAGUCAGUCCGGUGACUGGUGACGUCUACAUCAGCGACCACGAGGCUCACCUGAUACUGAGGGUUCGGGAUCCAGAUGACUUCACAAGGCCAGAGCAAAACUUCAUGCCUUAUGUCGGAUCUGGUGAACGCUGUUUGCCAGGGGAUGAAGUGGGCUGUGGUGACAGUUCACUUGCCAGAGAUGCUAAACUUCAGUAUCCAAAAGGAAUGGCUUUAUCUUUUGACGAUAUUUUGUACUUUGCUGACGGCACCAAUGUUCGUGCAGUCGACUCUGACGGUAUCAUCACCACCGUCAUAGGAACCCAUAGACACCGUGCACACUGGCGACCGCUGCCUUGUGAAGGGACUGUUCCUGUGUCUGAAGUGAGCCUGCGGUGGCCCACAGCCUUAGCCAUCAAUCCACUUGACAACUCCCUGUAUGUUUUGGAUGACCAUCAUGUCUUGCGGCUGACACACGACGGGCAGAUAAAGGUGGUGGCAGGGAGGCCUCUUCAUUGUGCACCACUUGGCCAUGAUGUACACUCUGACUUGGCUGCUCAUACAACAUUGCGAUCGCCACAGAGUCUUGCAUUUGCUCCCAACGGAGACUUGUAUAUUGCUGAAAGUGACAAUGAACGUAUCAACAGGAUUAGGAUUAUUGAAACAGAUGAACGCAUCCAUGACUUUGCUGGAGCUGAUUCAAAGUGUAACUGUCAGGAUGAGAACUGUUCUUGCUUUGAUGAAUCUCAUGUUCUGGCUGCCACCGCUGUGUUUUCAACAAUAUCAGCCUUGUGUGUCACGCCAGAUGGUACGGUUCAUGUCUUGGAUCAAGGUAACCUACGCAUUCGUUCUGUCACUUCCUCAAUACCAGAGCCAAACGACCAACGCAUGUAUGAAAUUUUCUCCCCAGAAACACAAGAAAUAUACAUCUUCAACAGGUUUGGUCAUCAUAUAGAGACACGCAGCAUUCCCACCAGACGCACAAAAUAUAAGUUUGCUUAUAAUGUCAAUACAAGCAAUGGAAAACUGUCUACAGUCACAGAUGCCAGCGGAAAUAGAGUUUCAUUCCUUCGUCACUACACGAGGCAAGUGACCACCAUUGAAAACUCAAGACAACAGAAAUGCCGACUACAGAUGUCACGCACCCGCAAGUUGAUGGAGUUUGUCACACCCGAUGAACACAACAUAACCCUAACCUACCACGGUGCCACUGGCCUCCUCCGAUCACGCAUGGACUCCACGGGCCGUGCACAUGUGUACACUUAUGACAGUUAUGGUCGCCUCACACGAGCAGUAACACCUUCAGGACAAGUGGUUGACCUGUCAUUUGACCUGAGCCAAAAGGGAGCCAGAGUAACAGUCACCUGGGAUGGCUCUGGGCCUGUCACCAUGCUUAUCAAAGGAGCACUUGUCACUGAGACUGUAGGCUCUGCUUCCAGUGUUACGGCUCAGCUGGCUGACGGAGCUGUGGUGACACGCACACCCUGGGGGCACCACAUUGCCACUGAAACAGUUCCCUACAACCUCCUGCAAGACCACACCCUGGCCCAGUCAUACCCUGUUCCUGGGAGGCAGCGCACUGAGAUAGGAGAUGAACUUGUCAACAGCUUUGACUGGAAAUAUUUCUUGGACACAGAUGAGGGUGGCUCAGUGAACCAGGUUGGUCGCAAGAUGAGGGUGAAUGGUGAGGACCUUCUUACCUUCAAGUAUGACCUGUUUACUGGGACUGAAGCCAUCCUGAACGAGAACGGCGCUACUCUCCUCAACGUCUCCUACGACCAACUGGGCCGUCCAUUGCGCUACACCCCAGCCCAGCCUUUCCUCCCAGUGACCAUGUCAUACGAUAGGUAUGGUCAGCUUGCCAUCUGGUCCUGGGGUGACAUGAAGGAAGAAUAUGCUUACAAUCGCAAUGGAAGGUUUGAAGGCGUGACUUACAGUGAUGGGAUCAAGGUUAUCUACUCCUUCAAGGAUACCAGCAGUGUAAAGCCAUAUAAAGUGAGUGUGUCCGAUGGGGCAGAACACCUUCUAGAGUAUGACGAGGGCGGAGCACUGUCUGGCGUGACCACCCCCAGAGGGCACAAGUAUACCUUCCAUGUCCAGCCAUCUCUCCUCCACAACCGCUUCACGUUCACUCCUCCAGGAUCUCCCCGACACCCCUACCAGCUCUUCUACAGUGACAGUGGGCGCAUCCUGGCUGAAGUGAUGCCUCACCAGUCAAGCCGCGUUGUUUAUCAUUAUGACGACAAUGGACGUCUGCAUGUACAGCUGUUUGGGGACGGGUCAGUGGAGUUUGGCUACCACCCUGAGACUGGACUGCUGAGAACUGUUUCUGUCAAGGAAAAAGGAUUUGAACUCAGAAGUGAUAACAAAUAUCAUGCAGGUUUGGUCAAAGAACAGAGAGUACGAUUUGUAUCAAAUCCCAGUUUGGAUUCUGCCAAACUACGAUUCCUUUACGAUGGAAAUGCCAGGCCAAGACGAGUCGAAGUAGAAAUAGCUGGUAAAGAGCAGCCAGAUUAUGAUAUGAAAUAUGAUAUGAUUUUGGGCACUUUAGAAAGUGUAGGAGACAUGAAAGUUACAUCAACAUAUCAUAAUAAAACAGUGAUUCAAGAUUCCAGGAAAACUAUGCUUAGGGUUGUUGGAUAUGACCCACAUGGUCGAAUUAUUGAGUCAACCCUAACCUUGAGGAGUCGAAUGGUGCAUCGCAGCAAGUACACCUAUGAUGCUCGAGGCCGCCUGGCAGUCAUGUCUACGUGGCAAGGCACAGGCUCUGAGGUGCGCAAUAAUUACACUUACACUACUGAUGGUUUCCUGGAGGCAGUGGAUGGAGCUGAAUCAUGGCAGUUCCGAUAUGACAAAAAUGGCAAUAUCAUUGCUGUUGUCGAGGGAGGAAGAGAAAUGACUGCCACCUAUGAUAGUGCAGAUCGACUGAUUGGCUGGGGAGACGUUGAGCUGAACACAUACUCCCCCGGAGGAACUGUCGUGCGACAAGGUGAAGUUCAUCUUACCUACAGUGCCAGGGGCAACCUUAAAUCUGCAUGGCAACAAGGACACUAUAAGAUUUGGCGCAGGCACGAUCACAGAGGAAGGCUGACGGUGUGGGAGGACGAUCAUGGAAAUGUAACCCAAUUCUUCUAUGCAGACCUUUUGCGACCAGACCAUCCUACACAUAUCCACUACCCCAAGCUGGGAGAGACCCACUCCUUGGAGUAUGAUGAACAUGGUCACCUCAUGGCUAUUCAGACUGGAAGGCGAAAGUUCUGGGUGUCUACAGACCAUCUUGGAUCACCAGUUGCUGUCUUUGAUGACUCAGGAGUCUUAAUCAAGAAAAUUGUCCGCUCCCCGUGGGGUGCCACACUGAGUGAUACCAAACCUGAUCUACUCCUGCAUGUAGACUUCCAGGGAGGACUGAGAGACCCAAUCACAGGGUUCUUGUCCUAUGGCCUCUACACAUAUGAUCCUGUCCAUGCUCUCUGGAUGACCCCGCGCUACGACCUGGUGACGAGCACCCCAGAGCGAGUCUCAGCCAUAUACGUCCAUCGUUUCCAUGAUAAUGAUCCUGUCAACUCUGUCAGUCACAAAUCCCAGCAUUACACAGACUUGGGCAGUUGGCUGAAUCUCUUUGGUGUGGACCUGUCAAAGAUGUUGGGCUCCAGCUACCACGAUGAAACUGUAGAAAAACAAGAAGAAGGAUUAUUACAAGCUUCCCAGCUGGCUCCUUCUCUUAGUGUGAUAUCUGGUUUAUCUUGUUCAACUGAAGGAGUGCUGGCCCAGUUCUCCCAACCCUCACUCUUACCAGACUCUCUAGUGCGGUCAGAUGCACCGGCGUGGGCCAUCCCCAGCUGGGAGCCGCUCAUGAGGUUUUCGCCGUCUCCACCAGUCUUAGGUCCUGGAGUCCUAAUUUCACGAGUCAAUGAAAGGGCUCUCGUCACACUUGUUCCUUCUAAAGAAAAUCCAGUAGUCCAAGAUGUAGCAAGAGAUGUCCUCAAUGGUUCAGCUCUCCUUGAUGUAACAUUUACACACCACCACCACCACACACUCUACCUAGUGAAAGAAAACUCUGAGCUUCGUCACGAUGACUUACAGCAGCUAGAGAGGCUGAGUGGUCGCUUCAAUGUAACCUCAAAAGAUAAUGGAGAACACCAUGAGAUUCAUGUGGCUGGGAAUGAUGUGUCAUUAGUAUUACUGUAUGGGAUUGAUCCUCUCGCUGCACGCCACCGACUCCUGCGCCACGCCCACCACCGAGCCGUCAGUCGGGCUUGGGAAAAUGAACGUCUCCUGGUGGAGCGCGGCGCUCCCUCUCUAUAUGAGUGGACGGUGGAGGAGCGCGUAGAAUUAGUGAGCAAGGGUAGCGUUUCAGGCUAUAUCCCAGCUGACAUUCAUUCAAUUCAUCGGUAUCCAUUUUUGGCUGAUGAUCCCACAAAUGUAGUGUUUCGCCGCGACACCGGUCGACGGCGAAGACGCAGCCAUCCCAGCACUCACUCAUGAUCCCCGAGGCUGGGCAAAGCCCUUGUAAAUACUGAUGUAUAGUGUAGCGCUUUAAACCUGUACACACUGUACAAACAGGGUAUUUCUAACACAUUGUAUACAUCUCUCCGAGCCGGAGAAUAAUCCCUAAAUGUGAUAGAGGCAGACUGUAAGUUAAAGACAUGUCUGAAUGGAACUGCUUGGGAUUUGAGAGGUGUUUGGUAUCCAGUGUGUGUGUGUGUGUGUGUGUGUGAGUGUGUGUGUGUGUGUACGCACCUUUGUGUGUGAGAAAGAGAAAGCGUGAUAAUGAUGUAAGUGCCGAACCCACUGCAGUCAGAGUACUCAGUUGCUGGCCACUGUAAAUAGCCUAGUUGUAUUUUGUACUAUCAAGAUAGUCAAGGGUCUGCAGUGGUAUGUAAUUUUGCUCCUUAACAUUCCACCUUCAACCCCUAACAAGAAACAUGCAUGCAAGGUUGAUGUAAAGCACAUAUAAGGUGAGACAUAUAUUUUGUACAUUUUUGUUACAGCUAUGCCCAUUAGUUAGAGAUCUACUACCUAUAUGCAGCCCAUCUUUAAUGAAAUACGUUCACAGAGAUCAUGAAGGACUUUCAUAUAAAUAUGGAGGCACCCAAUACUACUGAAAACUUUUACCUUUCCAAAUUUGUAUGUGUGUGGGGAGGGGGUGAACCUGUUUCCCUUAUUAUUAUUAGCAUAUAGGAUUUGAGCCAUGCUUGGGUGUGUGUGUGUGUGUGUGUGUGUGUGUGUCCUAACAGGACUUAAAGGUAUUGAUGAAGAAGCAAUCAUGUUUUCCAAAGAUUUUUUUAAUCAUUUGAUGCUAUUUAUAUUUUGAGAUAACCUCCAUUAUUCUUGAACAGCCUAGCUUCAUAGGUCAUGCUUCUCCCUGUGUGUUAUUGCCAAGACAUGCCUCCCACCACCCAGGAACCUUUUUCUGUAGAAGGAGGGAAAGGAGCAGUCUUAUUUACGUUUGUAUUGCCAGCGAGGACUUUGUUACAUGUCUUAAUAGUACUGGAUGGAGAAGGUGAGCCUAACAAUCUGGAAUGGCAAGAGCACAUUGUAAGAGAAUCCUUUAACAAAAUUGGGGUCAUGAAAAUCGGUGCACAUGUAUUUUCAGCGUCUCGUGCAUGACAACAAUUUUAAGUACCAUUUACCGUCACAGUUGAUACCUGCAUUUUGGCAUUUAUAUGAUUUACUUUAGGUAUGGAGAACAAAAUCUAAUUUUUGUAUAUAUUAAAUUUGUUGUUCAUGCAAUUGACGCCCCCUCUCUAGAAUGACCUGUUGUCAUCACUGAGGGUUGACAGCAUUGUGUUGUGGUCAAGACACAUGCUGGAGUAUCUGCAUGAAGGUUGGCUUAUGAUAAGCUUCAAUAUAUGUGCUUGCAGAAGAAGGUGUCUUGGAAAUUAUCAUUUGCAAACUGGAGGUUUUAAAUUAUUUUUCAUCCCAUCUCAGUGGUGAGGAAGCCAAACAUAUUUGUUCUUAAAUGCUGAAAAAGUACUCAGCAUUUUUAUCUUGUUAUAUAUUAUUUAUCUAAUUUUACAUAGUUUAUUUAAUCUUUUUUUUUUUAUUGUAGCAAUAUGGCAUUGUUUUAAAUUUUAUUAAGCUGACGAGACUCCUUUCUUCUAUAGUGCAAUAGGUAAUGGAGGACUUUCCAAGCUGCUCUUGUGUAUGGGGCAGCACUGUGAUGAUCAGUCCCUCUGUCUAGAGUCAAGUUGUUAGGUCUGGACAGUACCGGCAGGCACAGUGCUGCUCGCUGCACAUUAGCAGGUUAGGUUUGAAAGUUCUCCAUUUGAUGACACCCAGCGUGAUAAACAAUGUAUUCCAACUGUAUGUUAUCAACUUAGUCACUUUCCUUUUUUCCCUUUUAGUAUGAUGUCUGAAGCCUUGAAGUUUUGUUCUCUUAAUAAUUUUAUCUCAAGAGUGGAAGUCAGUGAUCCCAGUAACUUAAGCAUUGUAAUAAAACUUUCCCAUGGCAAGGCAGAGCUUUUUGAAGGAGGGAUCAUUAGAAAAAUUACCUUGAUUUCAGCAGCUUAACCUUGAGCAACACAUUCUCUGAAAUUUCAAGUCCUUGAAGAUCUUUAUUUUCUCUCACACUACAACUUGGCCAAAACAAUCAACAUAUCAAGGAUUCUGUAGUUCUCAUUCUUAGUUCAUGUGCCAUAGUUGUCAUUGGUUGCUUGUACCAAGAAUAAUAGUCUGAGUAUGAUUUGUAAAGACGUGUUGAGAAGUAUUGUAGUUUAGUGAAAGCUGUUCAAUAAUGACCUUCCUGUGUCCUACCAUCUAUGCCCCAUUUCAGCAAGACUGUUAAAACAAUGUGCAUCCUAUGGCAACAGUUUCAUCAUGACUGCCUUGUGAAUGCUGACACCUUCUUUUAGUCUUUGUUGGACAUGCUAUGUGACAUAAUUGCACCCUCAUGGGAUAAUGAAUGCAGUCAAGUGCAUUAUUUAUCAACAUAUCAUAAGUCGAUGAUGAUUACAAAAAUAAGAAUGAUGCAGCUGCCUUCUUUAUGCUGUCAAUAAAUGAGGUAAAGGUAGAUAAAUAAAGCUGUUGCUGUAGAGCGAGCAUCUUGUUGAUGGAGAUGCUGGGGCGGGAUAGAGUACACUCAGUUCUAACAGUCUGCAUGGUCUGUCUGGCCUGUUUUCCUCAAAUCAAAUAUCUGGUUAUCAAUGAGUGAAUUGUGCUCCAUGCUGUCUUCUUUUUAUGUUACUUUUCAUUAUUCUGUAUAAUUUAGGCUGUUCUAUUUUUUUUUUUUUUUUUUUUUUGUAGAUUUUCCCUUCUACUGUAUAAAUUUUUCAUAUAAAAGAACUUUCCUCAGCUUAUUACCAUAUAUACUUGUGUAAAAGUCAUCCCCUCAAGGCUGUAGUAUGGCUGACUGAGGAAGUAAAUUAACCUCUUAAGAAAGGAGUACUAUCCAGAAAGUUGUUCCCAUAAGCUUCAUCAUCAUCAUUUUCAUUUUUACGUCCAGUGAUCCCUUUUCAAGGGGAUAAACAACAUUUGAUGAGUAUUCUCAUUGCCAUCAUUUCUGUUGGAGUGGUAGUUUUAUUGCCUGGGAUGCCCUUCUUGACAGGCAAGCUUCCCCAUCUAGCUGGGCUUGGGGCUAGCGCUAAGCGGGCUGGCUUGCCUCGCAAUAGGCUGGUCUUGAAAACUUAAGCAGAUUAGACUUGUACACAAGUGUAUAGGGUAACUUUUAUUCCACAUUUGGAUAAAAAAUUAUUAAAAUCCAAGGAGAAUUGUCUUAUAUAAUGCAUUGUUUCAACAUCCUGCGGGUAAGGCAGUGUUGUAUGAGAACCGCCAUUUUUGUGUAUACAAUACAUAGAAUUUAUGAAUUUUGUACAUUAUUAUUUUAUUGAAAAGUUCAUAUUUUACUGAUGUAAAAAUAAAAGGUGUGAUUGUCUGCAAGCCAAUGGCCAAAGCUAUGCCUUUAGGGAGGCACCAAAACAUCUAUUUUUUUCCUACAUGCUGUUAUGUGCUUGAAGGCCUUGAAGGGGGUAGUCCAAGGGAAGAAUGUUGGAGUUAGUAGUGAUCUUAACCAAAUUAACCAGUUUUCAGAUAUUCAAGAAGAAUUCAAUAUUAGUAUGAAAGCUGCUCUGGAUACUGGCAGUUGGGAAGGCCUAGAAAACAUUUUGGUAGGCAAUGCCCCCCGAGUGCCUUCCCUUGGCUACGGGCCGGUGUCUGUCUGAAUGGUAUGCAUUUUACAUGCUCUUAACAGGAAGUAAUACAUAUUUGUACACUCACCAGUUCAGUUACCUUGGUAUCCUUUUCCUUCCAAGCUUUUCCAGACUCAGUCGUCCAGAACUAGAAAUAUCGUUUAGAUGAUGUAGUAUUAAUAUGCAGAAUGGUGUUAUUUUAUGAGAGAAGAAGUAGGUAUUUCCACAAAGACUCUGGCAAGCAUUAUCAGUGUUUGUACAUAGUUUAAUUUCAGUAUGCAACAGAAUCUGUUACUUCAUGUUUUUAAGGAAUCCUAAAACUAUAUAUUUUAUGGGAUUUUCAGACUGUAUUAUUGUCUUUAGAUAUUUUAAUCCGUAUAAAAAUGUGUAUUAUUGAGAAUCUGUUGUUUAACAUGAAUACAUACGUAUGGAUCAUGAAGAAGUUAUUCACGUUUCGUCUUUCCACUCUGUUCAUAAUCAAAUUAGUCUUAACAUGUGCUUUGUUGUACAAGCCCACAGUGCAAAGGCUAUUGACUUUUAAGUGUAAACAAGAGAUAAUGUGCACAGAAAUAGGAAAUUUUCACAAAAAAAUAAAUAUAUAACUAUG